AUGCUGGUGCUGGCAGACGGCACUGAGUUUCUCGGGUAUUCGUUCGGCUUUCCGGGGAGCGUGGGCGGCGAGGUCGUCUUCAACACGGGCAUGGUCGGCUACCCGGAGUCGCUGACCGACCCUUCGUACGAAGGCCAAAUUCUCGUCCUCACCUAUCCCCUGAUUGGAAACUACGGUGUCCCUUCCUCCGAGCAAGACGAGCACGGCCUGCCGAAGUACUUUGAAGGUGAUCGAAUUUACGUCCGCGCUCUGGUGGUGGCUGACUAUGACGCCACGGCGGUGACGGCUCACUUCCGGGCAGAAAACAGCCUCGCUGCUUGGAUGAACACGCACAAAGUGCCGGCGAUUGCAGGCGUGGACACGCGAGCCUUGACGAAGCACCUCCGAGAGGUCGGUUGCAUGCUGGGGAAGAUUGUGGUGCUCGGGGAGGAGGAAGAGCGACAGGCUGGUUUGUCGCUCGCCGCCCUUGCGGCUCUUCCAGCGACAGAGGACAGCUCCGAGACACCCGAGGACGAGGCGAAGAAACGCGACCCAGCACAGGCGCGCUUGAGACUCGAAAAGCGACGGGAAGCCGCCGAAAGAUGGAGCGCAGCCAUCCGCGCCAAAGCGGCGAAGAUGCCGUGGGAAGACCCCAACAAAGACAACCUCGUCGCCCUCGUCUCGCGGAAGGAGGUUCGCGUCUUCAAGUCGACCGUCUCAAGUCCGAACCUGCGCGACGUCCUCAUCCUUUGCGUCGACUGCGGGAUGAAAUAUAACAUCUACCGCCAGCUCCUGCACAACAAAUUCGAGCACUGCAACAUCACUCUCAAGGUUGUUCCGUGGGACCACGAUUUUGGGGACGAGGAGUUCGACGGCCUUUUUAUCAGCAACGGCCCUGGCGACCCCGAGAAAUGCGGGAAAACCGUUGAGAAUAUUCGACGCGUCAUGGAAAGGAAGAUCCCCAUCUUCGGCAUCUGCUUGGGGAACCAGCUUCUCGCUUUGGCUGCUGGAGCACAAACCUACAAAAUGAAAUACGGAAACAGAGGAAUGAAUCAACCUGUUAUCGACUUGAGGACAACCAGAUGUUACAUCACUCCCCAAAACCACGGCUUUGCCGUCGACGAGAGCACCCUGCCACGGGAUUUCCUGCCUCUCUUCGUGAACGCGAACGACCGCUCGAACGAAGGCAUCAUCCAUCGCACACUGCCUUUUUUCUCCGCCCAGUUUCAUCCGGAAGCGUCAGGAGGGCCGACUGACACCUUUUACUUGUUUGGCGACUUCAUCGCUUCCAUUAUGAAGGCCCAGACGCUGAAGCAGGUCCACACCAUUCCUUUCUCCUUUCCCCAGAAAUUCCAGAAAGUCCUGCUCCUCGGGAGCGGCGGCCUCAGCAUCGGGCAGGCCGGCGAGUUCGACUACAGCGGGUCUCAGGCUAUCAAGGCCUUGAAGGAGCAGAACAUCUACGUGGUCGUUGUCAAUCCGAACAUUGCCACCGUGCAAACCAGCCAGCACAUGGCCGACAGGGUGUACUUCCUGCCUGUCACGGACGAGUUUGUGACUAAUGUGAUCGAGAAGGAAAGGCCCGAUGGAAUCCUCUGCACAUUCGGUGGACAGACGGCCCUCAACUGCGCCGUGAAGCUCCACGAGCAAGGCGUGCUGGAAAAGUUUGGUUGCAAAAUUCUCGGCAGUCCAAUCGAAGCCAUUAUUGCCACGGAAGACCGCAAGGUUUUCGCGGCGAAGCUCGAGGAGAUUGGCGAGAAAGUUGCCGAGAGUGCAGCGGCUACAAACACCGAAGAGGCAGUGGCGGCGGCGAAUGCGAUUGGAUACCCCGUCCUCAUUCGCGCGGCAUUUGCACUCGGCGGGCUCGGUUCGGGAUUUGCUGAAGACGAGGAAACUGUGCGCCAAAUUUGCAAGGAAGCCUUCGCCCACUCCUCGCAGGUCUUCGUCGACAAGAGCUUAAAGGGUUGGAAGGAGGUGGAAUACGAAGUCGUUCGCGAUUGCAAGAACAACUGCAUCACCGUGUGCAACAUGGAAAACUUGGAUCCCCUCGGUAUCCACACCGGCGACUCGAUUGUCGUUGCUCCUUCCCAGACGCUUUCGAACGAGGACUACUACCGCCUCCGAGACACUGCGCUGAAAGUUAUUCGCCACUUUGGCAUCGUCGGCGAAUGCAACAUCCAGUACGCUCUCGACCCUGCCUCCGAAAAGUACUACAUUGUCGAGGUCAACGCGCGUCUCUCCCGCAGCAGCGCCUUGGCGUCCAAGGCGACCGGCUAUCCGCUCGCGUACAUUGCGGCGAAGCUCGCUUUAGGAUCCACUUUGGUUGAACUGAGCAACUCCGUGACAAAGGAGACGACGGCGUGCUUCGAGCCCUCUCUGGACUACGUCGUCACCAAAGUGCCCAGGUGGGACCUUCGAAAAUUCGACUCAUGUGAUCCUUUGAUGGGAAGCGCGAUGAAAAGCGUCGGCGAGGUCAUGGCCAUCGGGCGCACCUUCGAGGAGUCGCUGCAGAAGGCUCUCAGAAUGGUGGACGAGAAGGCUGGCGGUUUCGACGAGUCGGUUUGCCAUUUCUUCACCGUGGAAGACGCCGCGCCUCUCUCGGACGCCGCAUCGCCUGCAUGCCCUUCCAGUGCAUGCGCAAGUGGCCGCGCGGCCGGUCCCCGCGGAGACAGCGCAGCUGUGGGGCAGAAUGCGCUCCUCGAGGCGGAGUUGCGACGGCCGUCGCCGAAUCGCAUCUGGGCGCUGGCGCUGGCCCUCCAGCUCGGGUGGUCCGUCGAUGCUCUCCACGAAAAGACGAACAUCGACAAGUGGUUUUUGAGCAAGCUGCAAAACAUCAACGACAUAAAAUGCCAGCUGGCGCACCUCACGCUCGAGGAUCUCGACCGCUCCGACCUCUUCUACGUCAAGAAAUACGGGUUCAGCGAUCGUCAGAUUGCGCACUACCUCAAGGCGUCGCCCUCUGCCGCUCGCGGUUCGUCGGAAUUCGACGUUCGCCGGAGGCGCCUGUCCCUGGGAGUGCGGCCGUCUGUGAAGCAGAUCGACACUCUGGCCGCUGAGUUUCCAGCGCACACCAACUACCUCUAUUUGACCUACCAGGGGGUCGGAGACGACGUCGCGCCCCUUGCCCGCGGAUUCACAGCCGCAGCUGCUCUGCAUGGGCUAGACUGCGCGGACAAGGAGACGCAGGGAAACACGAGAGACAAGACACAGGGUAUCAAGAGAGAGGAGAGUGUGCUCGGCCACCUCAGCCGACGCUCGACGACAGCGCGCAUGGGAUCUGGAGACGUCGACGCGCUCGGGAAACAGUGCUACGUUGUUCUAGGCUGCGGCUGCUACCGGAUUGGGUCCAGCGUCGAGUUUGACUGGUCAGCUGUCUCGUGUGUCCGUACACUGCGCUCUCUCGGACACCACGCAAUUGUGGUGAACUGCAACCCGGAGACAGUAUCGACGGACUACGACGUGAGCGACCGGCUGUACUUUGAAGACCUGAGCUUGGAGACGGUCUUGAAUAUCUGGGACAUCGAGUCUCCUUCAGGGGUGAUUAUUUCUGUCGGCGGCCAGACUCCGAACACACUCUGCUCUCAGCUGGAAGAGCACGGGGUGAGAAUCGUGGGGACGAGCGUCGCGGCGAUCGACUGUUGCGAAGACCGGCACAAGUUCUCGCGCCUGUGCGACGAGCUGAACAUCGAUCAACCCAGGUGGAAAGAGUUCACCGACCUCCGAACCGCCAAGGCCUUCUGUCAAGAGGUCGGAUACCCGGUUCUCGUGCGCCCCUCCUACGUGCUGAGUGGAGCCGCCAUGCGCGUGGUGACAGACGACGAACAGCUCGACGCCUUCCUCAAGAUCGCCGCCGUCGUCAGCGGCGAGUCGCCCGUUGUCAUCUCCAAAUUCGUUGAAAACGCCAAAGAAGUGGAGUUCGACAGUGUGGCGUGCCGCGGGGAGAUUGUGAACUUCGCAAUCAGCGAGCACGUGGAGAAUGCAGGGACACACUCUGGCGACGCCACUUUGGUUCUUCCCGGGCAGAAACUCUACGUGGAAACGAUUCGUCGCGUGAAGAAGAUCUCCCAGAAGCUCGCGCGCGCUCUCCAAGUUUCAGGGCCUUUCAACAUUCAAUUCAUCUGCAAACAAAACGACGUGAAAGUGAUCGAAUGCAACUUGAGAGCGUCGCGCACCUUCCCCUUCAUCAGCAAGGCCUUCAAUGUGAACCUCAUUGACCUCGCAACAAAAGUGAUGAUCGGCGCGCCCGUCAGUCCGUUGCCAAUUCACCUGAUGGAUCUUUCCUUCGUCUGCGUGAAAGUUCCGGUCUUCUCCUUCGCCCGCCUUCGCGGUUGUGACCCUGUCCUCGGCGUGGAAAUGCGCUCAACUGGCGAAGUUGCCUGCUUCGGCUCCAGCAAGCACGAGGCCUUCCUCAAGGCUCUCAUCUCCGCAGGUGUGCACUUGCCUCUCGUCAAGCGGACGAUUCUCAUCUGCACAGGCACCUACCAGUACAUCAUAAACAGCCUCGUUCGUGCGUCGGGAACCAACCUCCCUGGCAACAUCUCUCCAGCGUCUGUCAGCGGACUCCUUCCCUCGCCUUCUGAACGGGGAGACGCCGAAGGAAACGACAAUGCACGCCUGCACUCCGAAUAUGCGUCUCGAAUCAUUCGCGUGCGGAAACCGAUCCCCCGUCCCAAGGAGGCGCAACUCGGAGACGACCACACCCAGCAGGCCCUGUCUGUCAUUGAAAGUGGGAAGGUGGAGAUGGUCAUAAAUGUGCCAGAGAGCAUGAACAGCAGGGCGGCAACGAACGGCUAUCUGAUCCGUCGGACAGCGAUCGACUGUGGAGUUCCCCUCCUCACCAACAUCAAAGUGGCGUGCAUGUUUGUCGAGGCGCUGAACAAGAAAGAAGCGAAAGAAGCGCAAGGCCGCUUCUUCUGGGAUAUUCGCAGUUGGGACGAAUACUGGCCUCGAAAGUAA